AUGACUGAUGUAAAAGAAGAAAUAGAUGAAUUUUCAGAAUUGAAACAAGAAACAACAGAGACCACACCACGAUUAGUUGCUUUAAAAUGUAAAAAAUGUCGACGUACAUUAAUAUCAACAGAAAAUUUUGUUACGCAUACUCAAGGAUCUGGUCAAAAUGCAUUUUCAUAUAAAAAACGGGAUAAUUCAUAUUCAUCAAUUUCUAAAUCAUUAUGUUCAUCAUAUUUUGUUGAACCGUUGGAUUGGAUACUUGAAGGAGAGAAACAAAAUGAUAAGGAAGAAGGCGAAUUAGAUGGAAAAAUUAAAUGUCCAAAAUGCAAUGCAAAAUUGGGAAAUUAUAAUUGGGCAG